AUGUCUAUCUCUACAUUUUUUCUACUACUAGUGUACAAGCGAAAGCUUCUUUGGUCGACGAAAGGAGAAAUCUCGCUCGCUCGCUGCAUUGUUGUUGUUGUCGUUGAUGAUGAAGAUAAAGAAGAAGAGAGAAGAAACAAAACGCAAAACGAAUACCGCAAUACCACCGCUACCGCCACCGACGACAACAAAAUUCUCCUAAGACAUCCAAGGAAGCAUAAAAAUGCCUGCAAUUGCUCUCAACCCGGCAGUCCGGACGAAUCCGGCGGGGAAAACACUAAGGUUCGGGCACCGCGAAUGGAGUUUCUGAGAAACGCCCUCUUCGUCUUCAUCAUCGGAGUAGUUGUGGUGGUGGUGGUGGUGGUGGUAAUGGUAGUAGCACUUCUUCUGUCGAGUGUGCGCGUCCUGCGUCCCGCGCAUAUACGAUGCGCAGAAGAAGAGAGAACGCAAAAACACGCGUUUUUCGCGCUCGAAAAGAACAUCGCUCGGGCGUUUGACGUUUCAUCGCUCACGCGUUCUUCUAAUCAAUAUAAAAAAACAUCGGAGGGAAUCCGAAUGAAGUCAAUUUCGUCACCGCGAAUACGUAAAAAGACGACGAUGAUGCGUCAGAUAGAGCUAAUACGUUAA